AUGCCCCGCGACCUUGUAAAUAGGCUUCGGGAGCUGAAAAAACAUCUUAAAAUAGAUGAAUCUGAUGACGAAAAACCAGUUGCGAGUCCGAAAAAGAAAAGAACGCAGUCCGUAAAACGAGCAAAACCAAAAUCUCCACCAAAGAAAGUUCAAAAGAAGCGCAAAUCUUCAGUAACCAAAAAUAUGAUCGCUAAAAAGAAAGUUCCUACUAAAACUCAACAGAAAAAUCAAAUAGUUGAUAAAUUCGAAUUAUUUAUGAAGAAAAGAGAGCUAAUUGACGCAAUUAAUAUGAGAACACUGAAAUCUGCGUUUAGAAAAUGGGUUUCUGCAAAGUUAUCACACCAAAAAGCUACAAAACCACAAAAAUCAAAUCCGUUUUCAGCAAUUAAAGUCGAUUACAAACCAAAAUCAGUCGAACCUACUAGGAAGAAAGUUGAAAAGAAAGAAAAAGUAGCACAUCCAGUUAAACAAUUAAAUCUUGAACCAGGAAAAAUUGCUGCUGCAGCUCAGCGCUUCAAACAACUCAAGAAAUACCAGGAAGAUAAGCCAGUAAUGAAAAAUAUACCGACAUUUAAGCAAAGCUCUCGUCCAAAUCUAUCUCCACCACUGAAAGUUGAGAAGAAGCCAGUCAUCAAGACAAAACCAAACGAAGCAUCUAAAAUUAAACCAGAAGAAAAGAAAGAAGUUAAAGAAACAAUUCCAAUUUCUCGAAGACAUGAAAUUCCUAAGGUCAAUUAUCAUGAUUCUUCAUCAGAUGAAGAGCUUAUUAGAUUCACUAACGAAUUACUUCGACGCAAAUCUAAUGCUAAAGUUGGCCAGCCACUUAAAGAUAUUGAUGAUAAUUUUUCAGAUUCAGAUGAUGAAGGAAAGCAGAAGAAACCUGCUCCAACUGUUCCAAAGAUCCAACUUAAACAGUUUUCUAACUCAUCAGAUGAUGAUUUCUUGUCCUUCUUGAACAAAGGAAAGAAUCUUCCGAAGAAGAACUUCAAAGAAGAAGGAAAAGAGAUCAAUAUACAAAAGAAUGAUGACUCAGACUCAGAUUUCGGUGUUUCAAUGCCUAAAUUUGCUUCUAAACCAGAUAGUGUCACAAAACCAUCUCCAGAUAAAAAGCCAAUUUUAGAUUCCGACGAAAGUGAUGAAGAAAUUGCCGAAAUCAUCAAAGGAAUCAAGAAGACAACAAACCAAACUAAACCACAAGAAGAGAAGCCAUUCUCAAAGCGUUUGUUAGGUAGUUCUGAUGAUUCUAUUUCUGGCAAAAACGAAAACGCAACAGAGAUGAAAUUACCAAAUACGAUUCAAGAUUUGAGUUCAGAAGAAGACAAAUUAGAAGAGAAAUCUGAUGAUUCAAUCGGUAUAAAGAACAUUAUACAGUCUGCUUCAUUACACAAAUCAACACCAAAGACUGAUAACAAGAAAUUGAUAAUUUCAUCAUCAGAUGAUGAAGACAUCAAACGUCCAGAAUCUCCAAAGAUUCCAGUUCAAUCUAAAGAAGAUAGUGACAGUGAUAUUGAACAGUAUCUUAAGUCAAUCAAGUCAGAGAAACAAAAAGAAAUUGAGUUGUCAAGUGAUGAUGAAUUCCUCAAUAAAUUCAGUCAGAAGAAAUCUGAUGCUUCUCAAAGCAACAAACAAAACAAAGACGAAAAUGAUUCUGACGAAGAAUUCAUGAAGAAUUUGAAACAAAAUCAAAAGACUGAAACAAAGAUUUUGAAUUCUGAUGACUCUGAUGAAGAAAUAAUGAAAGAUAUUAAGCCAAAGACUAAUGAAGCUCCUCAAUCUAAACCAUCUAAUUCAUCAUCUAAACCAAAGAUUGAAAAGACUUCAACUCCAAAGAUUUUAGAUUCUGAUGAAUCUGAUGAAGAAAUAAUGAAAGAUAUCAGACCAAAACAAAUUCUUCCUAAAGAAGAAUCGAUUGACUCUGAUGAAGAGUUUAUUAAUAAUUUGAAGAAACCAACAAUGACAACAACACCUAAACAAUAUCAAGAACAAAAGAAAGAAGUUGAUUCUGACGAAGAAUUCAUGAAUAACUUCAAGAAACAAACAACUUCAUCUACUCCAAAACAAACUGUUGAAACUAAAGAAGAAAUUGAUUCCGAUGAAGAGUUUAUGAAUAACUUAAAGAAACCAGUAAUAACUACAUCUGUUCAACCAAAGAAAGAAGUUGAUUCCGAUGAAGAGUUUAUGAAUAACUUAAAGAAACCAGUAAUAGCUACAUCUGUUCAACCAAAGAAAGAAGUUGAUUCUGACGAAGAAUUCAUGAAUAAUUUGAAACAACAACAAAAACCAGAAGAAGAAAAAGUUAAAGAUGAUGAUGAAGAUUCUGAUGAAGAGUUCAUGAAGAAGUUUAGUCAGAAGGUAGAUUCAUCAUCAACUAAACCAGUUGUUGAAGAAGAAGAGGAAGAAGAAGAUAACAUAGACUCUUUCUUAUCCAAAUUAAAGGAAAAGCAUUCACCAUUAAAGUUAAUUCCAAAGCUAACAGUUAAGAAUAGUUCAAGUGAAGAUCUUUCUAAGGAUAAUGUCCAGAAAACUGAAAUUUCUCCGGAAAUUAAAUCUGAUGAAGAGGAAAAGAACAUCAUUAAGGAUAUUAACUCUGAUUCAGAUGAUGAAUUCAUGAAGAGCAUUCAGUCCAAACUCAAAGCAAUGAAUGAUAGCAUUAAUAAGAUUGAUGAAGAAGAAAAUUCAAAUGAAGAUUUGCAAAUUGGCGACAAACAAGAUGAAAAUGCCUCUAUUGAUAAUAAGAAUGAUAUUGUUCUUGGAGAAGAAGACUCUGAUGAAGAAUUUUUGUCGAAAUUAAAACAAAAGACUCCACAAAAAGAUGAACCUGAAGAAGAUUUAGAUGAUGAUGAAAGUAUUGAGGACUUUAUGGCAAAGAUUACUCAAAAGAACUCUUCUCCGGCAAAAGAAGAAAAAUUAGAUGUCAAGGAGACUCCUUCAAAGAAAUUAUCAGAGAACGAUAAAGAACUACUAACUAAGCCACAACAAGAUCACUCUAGCAGUAGUGAUGAUGAAUUCUUAUCCAAAUUCUCGAAAUUCACAAAGAAAGUAGAGGACGAGAACGAGAAAGUAGUCAAUUUAUCAAAGGAACAGGCCGAACAUGAGGAAGAAGAAGAAAUUGCAGAAGAAAAUGUAAAAUUAUCUCAUCAAUCAGAGGAAUAUGAAGAGGAAGAAGAAGAGAAGCAGAAUGAUCAAUUAGAUAAUGAUGACAUCGAAACAAUGAAGUUAGUAAAACUUUCUGAAAGUAGAGAAAGUGAUGAAAACGAAAAAGUCGUCAAUCUUUCCAAAGAACAAGAAUCAGAACAUGAAGAAGAGGAAGAUAAUGCUAAAAACAUUAUUUUCAUUCAUGAAUCCGAUUCUGAUGAUGAAAUUUUGGCUAAAUUUGCUAAGAAAGCAUCCUUUGGAAAUGAAAAGAAAGAUGAUAGUUUACCUGAUACAAAAUCUUCACCAACUACUAUUAAACCAGAAGAGAAGACAAAUCCAGCCAAAUCUUCUAAUAAUUUGACACCAAAGUCAUCAACAUCUAACCAAAACGCAGUCAAAUCAGAUGUCCCAGAGAAACAAUCACCAGCUGCUUCUGCAAAACCACAAAAUAAUGCUGUUCCUCAAAAUGUUACAAAUAAUCAAGUUCCGAAUAAAGAUUCUGAAGAAGAAGAGGAGGAGGAUGAUAUUGAUAACUUCAUAGAAUCAUUGAGAAGCAAAACAAAGAAGUAUUCAGAUUCAGGAUCCCAUCUUCUUUCAUCUCAGUCUAAAACAUCUGAUAAACAUGAAGAAGAGGAAGAGGAAGAUGAUGGAGUUCACUUUGAUUUCAAUGAUGACAAAGAUGAAGAGGAGGAAGAAGAGAAAGAAAUCAUCCAAGAAAACAAAGUUGAUAGCUUCAGUAAAUCAUCAAAGAAAGAAGAAACAGAAGAGGAAGAGGAAGACAAAGUUGAUUCUUUCUUAAACAAUUUACAUAAGAAACAAGAAGAAAAGAAAGAAAAAUCUGAUGAUGAAAUUGAAGAUUCAGGAAAUGACAGUCUUGAUGAAUUUAUUGCAGGACUCAAGAAAGCAAAGGAAAUGUCUUCUUCAGGUAAUGAAGAAGAUGAAGAAAAAGAAGAAGUUGUAGUUAAAGAAGAAACUCCAAUUCAAACAGAAAAGGCUGUUUCUGAUAAAGAAGAGGAAGACGAAGAUGUUAAUGAUAUCAUUCGAAAACUUAAUAACAAUCCACAAACAUCAAAGAAAGUAAUUUCACCUCCAGAAGUUGAUGAGGAAGAAGAAGCCAAUCAACCAACUUCAAAACCAAAUUACAUCAAAGAAGUUGAAGUUGAAGAAGAAGAUAUUAAUGAUUUCUUAAGAAAACUCAACGUGAAACCUCAACCACAGAAGGAAACUACUCAAAAACCAGUUGACGAAGAGGAAGAAGAAGAGGAAGAUAAUGGUGAUGACAUCUUAAGUAAACUUAGAGCAAAGAAUCCACAAACAAAGACAGAAGUUAAACCACAAGAAAUUGAAGAAGAAGAUGCUCAUGAACAACUCAAUGAAACUGAAGAAGAGGAAGAUGAUAAUAGUGUUGAUGACGUUUUAAGCAAACUUAACAGAAAUAACCAGCAAACAAAGACAGAAGCUAAACCUCAAGCUGUUGAUGAAGAUGAUAUUGAGGAAGAAGAAGACAAUGUUGAUGGUAUAUUAGCAAAACUCGCAAAGAAAUCUCAAUCAUCAAAACCUGAAGAAAAACAGACAAAAAUUGAAGAAGAAGAGGAAGAUGAUGAAGAUAUUGAUAACUUCUUAAGUAAGUUGAGCUCUACAAAGAAAGGAAAAUUUACAGAAGAAAAGGAAGAAAUUGAACCAAAAUUAGCUCCAAAACAAAAUGCUCAAAAAACAAUUAAUAAAGAAGAAAAAGCAUCUAAUAAAGAAGAAGAAGAGGAAGAUGAUGAGGAUAUUAAUAAUAUCUUAGGUAAAUUAAGCUCCUCAACGAAAGCAAAUACAGCUCCAGAAGAAAAGAAAAAUAUUGAACCUAAAUUAAUACCAAAGCAAAAUGCUCCAAAACAAAUCAACACCGAUGAAGAAGAGGAGGAGGAAGAUGAUGAAGAUAUUAAUAACUUCUUAAGCAAAUUAAGUUCCUCAAAGAAAGCAAAUGUAGAUCCAGAGGAAGAAGAAGAGGAAGUUGAUGAAGAUGUUGUGAACUUCUUGAAAGAUAUAGAAGAUAAAAAGAAGCAAAAUCUUCCUGAUUCUGCAAAUGAGGAGGAAGAAUCUGAUAUGGAUUCAUUCCUCAAAAAGAUUGCAUCAAAGAAAGUUGAUGAUAAAGAUUUAGAAAAUGAAGAAGAGGAAGAAAUAGAAAUUGAUGAAAAUAUAGAUAUUGAUGGAUACAUUAAUGGAUUGGGUAUAAAGAAAGAGAUGAAUGAAGACUCUUUAUCAAGUGAUGAUGAUGCUUUCUUCAAGCAGUUACUUGAAAAGAACAAAAAAAAUCAAAACAAAGUAGUUAAUGAUGAUGAAGAAGAAGAGGAAGAAGAAGGAUUCGAAAUAGAACCUCCUUCAGAGAAAAAGAGUGAAAAUGAUUCGGUAAAAAGCAAUCAGCCAAUAAAUGUUAAAAUGCCACCAAAGCCAAGCAAUUUGAGAUUUGAUGACGAAGAAGAAAGUUCAGAAGAUAUUUAA